UGUUACAUCAGGCUCUGGCACAAUAAGUCAAAUUGUGUCGUUGCUAGCUGUUCUCACACCCACGUCCCUGUCACUGAGGCUUAGUGGCUGCCUUACUAUAGGAAAACAGCAGAGACAUUCCACUAAUUACCCAGAAUGGAUACACAGAGGAUUUAUUUCACUUGUGUUGUGACUGUAUGAUGUACGUAGCUUAUUGAAAUCUCAGGCUGAUUACUGCUGAAGCUACCACGGGCUCUUGACUGCCAGUGAAUGAAGCAAUAGCAUCCUCGAAACGUGAAAAGUUUGUCCUUCAGAUUCAGCGUAAACACCAUGCCUGUUCUGUCAACAGCAGCAGGAUUGCAUGAGAUACUGGCUCUGCUGACAGCACAGCUAAGACCAGAUGCCAAUCUCACAGCAGAAAUUGGCUUCCUGACAGAAGUCUUCAGUGAACACAGUUUCAACUCACUCAUGAAGAUUCAUCAGAAGCUCCAGCAGUUUGUCAGGCAGGGGCCAUCUCCUGCCCUACAUAGCGCAGCAGCUUUAGCAGAGGAUGUAUCAGAAGAGUUGCAGAGUGGGCCAAACAAUAAUGACAUAAGGGAACUGAUGCAGUUAUUGGCCAAACCACACCUCCAGGCUGUGCUCUCAGCCCAUGACACCAUUGCACGCAAGGCUUUUGAUCCUGUGCUACCACCAAUGCCAGAUGAUCUAGAAGUUGAGGAGGAGGAGGAGUCUAUGAAGAUUAUCCGCCUUGUGAAAAAUAAAGAGCCACUGGGAGCGACAAUUAGAAUGGAUGAACAAACCGGCGCCGUUGUUGUUGCACGGAUCAUGCGUGGUGGGGCUGCAGACCGCAGUGGUUUAGUUCAUGUUGGAGAUGAACUAAGAGAGGUCAAUGAAAUCCCAGUUGAGCACAAGACACCUGAAGAGAUCAGUCAGAUUCUGGCCCAGUGUCAGGGUUCAAUAACCUUAAAGCUAAUCCCAGCAGUCAAAGAAGAGGAUCAGCUUAAUGAAAGCAAGAAAGCUUUACACAAGGCUCCACGUCGACGAUUAAGGGCUAAGGUUCACGUGAGAGCCUUAUUUGACUAUGAUCCAAGUGAGGAUAAAGCGAUUCCAUGUAAGGAAGCAGGGUUACCUUUCAGGAAAGGGGAUAUACUUCAGGUUGUGAGCCAGGAUGAUUCUGUGUGGUGGCAAGCAAAGCGUGUGGGAGAUGCAAACCUCCGGGCAGGUCUUAUUCCAUCAAAAAAGUUUCAAGAAAAACGACUUGCCUACAGGCGAAAAAACGCUAAUUUGGAACAAGAGAAAAGCAGUAAAAGGUCAUCUUAUGACCAAAGCUGUGAGAAAGAGGACUGUGAUUGUGAUGGGUAUUUGAAUGGGCUGUACAUAGCUGGUUUACGGAGAAGUUUCAGGCUCAGCAGGAAAGACCGACAAGCAAAUCAAAAUGAAGAGAAACAGACCGAGCAGAAGGACAUAGAAUAUCUAACCUACGAGGAAGUGGUUGUCUACCACCAUCACCCUAAUGAUGUGCACAGACUGGUGGUCCUCGUUGGUUCUAUAGGAGCAAAGGUUAAUGAGAUGAGACAAAGAAUAAUAGCAGAGAAUCCUAACCGCUACAAUGUAGCUAUUCCUUCAACAACAAGGCAAAAGAAAGUCCAUGAGAGGCAAGGAUUGGAAUAUCACUUUGUCAGUAAAUUAUCAUUUGAAGCAGAUAUUCAGAAGAACAGAUUUGUCGAGCAUGGAGAAUACAAAGACAAUCUGUAUGGAAUAAAUGUCGAUUCCAUUCGUACAAUUAUGUUAAAAAAAAAGAUUUGCUUACUGGAUGCAAAUCCUCAAACAAUCAAAAACCUCAGGACAGCAGAGUUUAAACCUUAUGUGAUCUUUGUCAAGCCAUUUCUUCAAGAACCAAAGGCAAACACAUCGACAGCUGAAGUAUCAGGAAAUAAUAAUGUUAAAGAAUUAGAAGAAGACAAAUACCAGGAAAUGUUUCAGUCAGCAACUUAUAUUGAACAGCACUAUGGUCAUCUCAUCGAUAAAGUCCUGGUGAAAGGCGACCUUCAGACUGCAUGCAGUGAAUUGAAAACAAUUCUGGAGAGUAUAGACAGGGACUCAUUCUGGGUACCAGCUAACUGGGUCCGUUCGUAGCUGAACCAACCAAUGUGAGCAACAUAAUAUGGCACCACCUUCUGAUCUUCAAACAAAUACAAAUGAGUGGUUUGAGCUAAAUUCCAUCGCCGAAGUUGGUGAAAUCUUAUGCACGUGAAAAGCAAAUGUAUGACUGCAGUGGACUCCACCCAAGUGCAGAAAAUUGAAUUUCUGCAUUCUUUUGCUUAUUGGGAUAUAUGCUAUAAAGAAAUCUAUAUAAACAACAUAAACAAUGAAUAAAAAUGAAUUU